AUGAUUUGCGCAAUCUCCGGCGAGGUGCCGGAGGACCCGGUCUUGUCGACCAAGUCGGGGCUGCUCUUCGAGCGGAGGCUCAUCCAGCGCUACGUCGAGGACCAUGGGAAGUGCCCGGUCACCAAGGAGGAGCUCGCCAUGGACGACCUCGUGACGGUGAAGACCGACAAGAUUCCUAAGCCUAGACCUCUGCAAGCUGCAAGUGUCCCUGGACUCCUUGGUAUGUUUCAGAAUGAGUGGGAUGCUCUCAUGCUGUCUAAUUUUGCUUUGGAGCAGCAGCUACAUACAGCAAGACAAGAGCUCAGUCAUGCGUUAUACCAGCAUGAUGCUGCUUGCCGUGUUAUCGCCAGACUAAAGAAGGAAAGAGAUGAGUCUAGGACACUUUUGGCUCAAGCUGAAAGGCAGAUUCCUAUUUCAGCUGCAGGACCUGCGCCUGUAGCUGCUGUUACAAAUGGGAAAAGAGCUUUGGAAGAUGAAGUGGGUCCUGAUGGGAAGAAGAUACGUCCUGGUAUUAAUCCUGUCAUGAUCGAUGAAUUAACAGAAUGCAAUUCCGUGCUCUCAGCACAGCGCAAGAAACGGCAGGUACCUCCAAGUUUGGCACCAAUUGAUGCACUUGAAAGAUAUACUCAAAUCUCCAGUCAUCCACUUCAUAAGACAAACAAACCAGGGAUUUUAUCUAUUGAUAUUCAUCAUUCAAAGGAUAUUAUUGCUACUGGGGGUAUCGAUACAAACGCAGUUCUUUUUGAUAGGCCAUCGGGUCAAGUCUUGUGCACUCUCACUGAUCACUCAAAGAAGAUUACAAGUUUGAAAUUUGUUUCCCGGGAUGAGCUUUUGAUAACCGGAUCAGCAGAUAAGACUGUCCGUGUAUGGCAAGGCAAUGAAGACGGAAGUUAUGGUUGCAGGCACACAAUGAGAGAUCAUGGUGCAGAGGUUGAAGCUGUGACGGUCCAUGCUAGUCAGAAAUACUUUGCAACUGCCUCCAGAGAUAGCACAUGGUGCUUUUAUGAUAUUUCAACAGGGUCUUGCCUCACACAGGUUGGCGAGGCUUCUGGACAAGAUGGAUACACAUCAGCAGCUUUCCACCCGGACGGUCUUAUACUUGGAACAGGCACGUCAGAAGGUGUUAUCAAAAUUUGGGAUGUAAAAUCUCAGACAAGGGUUGCAAAGUUUGAAGGGGAGGUCGGGCAUGUUGGAACAGUGACUGCUAUGUCCUUCUCAGAAAAUGGAUAUUUCCUAGCGACCGCAGCCCUUGAUGGUGUCAAGCUUUGGGAUCUACGAAAAUUGAGGAAUUUUAGGACCCUGUCUCCAUACGAUCCAGACACACCAACAAGUUCUGUGGAGUUUGACUUUAGUGGAAGUUAUAUCGCCGUUGCUGGUUCUGAUAUAAGGGUUUACCAAGUGGCCAAUGUCAAGACGGAAUGGAAUCUUGUCAAGACAUUACCAGAUUUAUCCGGCACAGGGAAAGUGACAUCGGUGAAGUUUGGGGCAGAUGCUAAGUAUGUGGCCGUAGGUUCCAUGGACCACAACCUGCGCGUGUUCGGGCUCCCUGGAGAUGAGCAGAUGGAGGUGGCAAAAUGA